CAAUAACCACCAAUUCUAUUGUUCUCGAUUCACAGAAAAACACAUACACAAAAGCAUAAACCCUAGAAACCGAGUUUGAUUUUGGUUUUUUGAUGGAUACUGUCAAGUCAAUCAACAAAGGCUAUGGCAAAGUAGACGAAGCUGAAGAUUUGGCGUUGAAGAGAAAGACGAGGAAGCGUUUGUUUCUCAUAGGCGUUUCCGUGGCGGUUCUGGUGUCGAUUCUCAUCAGCUCCGUCGUCGCCGUCGCUGUUCAUAGCCGGAAAAACAAGUCACCUAAUCCAACACCGAGUUCAGUCAACGAGUUGACUCCCGCCGCUUCACUCAGAACUGUGUGUAGCGUAACUCGUUACCCUGCUUCUUGUAUCUCAAGCAUCUCGAAGCUUCCAUCGUCCAACACGACGGAUCCGGAGGUUUUAUUCAGGCUUUCGUUACAAGUUGUCGUCGACGAACUCAAUUCGAUCGCCGAUUUACCGAAGAAGCUCGCGGAAGAGACGGACGAUGAGAGAAUCAAAUCGGCGCUUGGUGUUUGUGGAGAUCUAUUCGACGAAGCGAUUGAUCGUGUUAACGAAACUGUUUCCGCCAUGGAAGUUGGUGACGGGAAGAAGAUUUUGAAUUCGAAGACGAUCGACGAUCUCCAAACUUGGCUUAGCGCCGCCGUGACAGAUCACGACACGUGUCUCGACGCGCUUGAUGAACUCAGCCAGAACAAAACGGAGUACGCGAAUUCAACAAUCUCACUGAAACUCAAAUCCGCCAUGGUUAACUCCACCGAGUUCACAAGCAACAGCUUAGCGAUCGUCGCGAAGAUUCUCUCUACUUUAAGCGAUUUCGGGGUCCCGAUUCACAAGAGACGGCUCUUAAACUCGAAUUCGUUUCCAAAUUGGGUUAACCCACGGGUGAGACGGUUACUUCAAUCGAAGAAUUUAACACCUAAUGUCACGGUGGCGGCAGAUGGCUCCGGCGAUGUGAGGACGGUGAAUGAAGCGGUGGAGAGAAUUCCGAAGAAUGGGACAACGAUGUUUGUUAUAUACGUGAAAGCUGGUACGUAUGUAGAGAAUGUGCUUUUGGAUAAGAGUAAAUGGAAUGUUUUUAUUUACGGCGACGGCAAGGAUAAGACCAUUAUUUCCGGUAGCAAGAACUACGUCGACGGGACUUCUACUUUCAAAACGGCGACGUUUGCAACUCAAGGCAAAGGAUUUAUGAUGAAGGACAUCGGAAUCAUAAACACCGCCGGACCAGAGAAGCAUCAAGCGGUGGCGUUCCGAUCAGGAUCCGAUUUAUCAGUUUACUAUCAAUGUUCAUUCGAUGGUUUCCAAGAUACUCUUUAUCCUCAUUCAAAUCGUCAAUUCUACCGUAACUGCGACGUCACCGGAACAGUUGAUUUCAUCUUCGGAGCUGCCACGGUCGUCUUCCAAGGCUGCAACAUCCGGCCGCGUCAGCCGCUUCCGAAUCAGUUCAACACAAUCACCGCUGAAGGUAAAAAGGAUAAGCAUCAGAACUCCGGAACCUCGAUCCAGCGAUGCACAAUCUCUGCCAACGGAAAUGUAACUGCUACGACGUAUCUUGGCCGUCCGUGGAAAGAGUUUUCGACGACGGUGAUUAUGCAAUCGGUGAUUGGGUCGAUCGUUAAUCCCGUUGGGUGGAUUGCGUGGAAUUCGACUCUUGACCCGCCUCCGAGUACUAUACUCUACGGAGAGUACAAAAAUUCGGGUCCUGGAUCGGAUGUGACCCAGAGAGUUAAAUGGGCUGGGUAUAAGCCCAUUAUGUCUGAUGAUGAGGCAGGAAGGUUUACGGUUGCCACGUUUCUCCGAGGGGCUGAUUGGUUACCGGUGAUGGGAGUGCCGUAUCAGCAAACUUAAUGGCUUAUUAUUAUUUGGUUUU